CUUUCUCAUCCUCCUACCAUACAAAUAGAUAUUUGGAACCAAGUUCCUCCCCUGUUUAUUUGCUACCUCUCUCGCUGUCCCCAUCUCCCCCCUCCCCGUCCCCCUCUCAUUAUAAAUAGAUACUUAAAACCAAGUUCCUCCCCUGUUCAUUUGCGCUCCACCCCCUGAAAAUAAAUAAAAAGUUUUCUGGGUUGCCGGCAGCAGUUAUGGUUAUGAGGCGUGCUGUUGGCAGCUCAAGUUUGAUGAGUAAGUUGCUCAAUCACUCUGCGAGAAGCUCCAGAGGGCUGAACUCAAGUCUUGGGGUUUGCUCUUCGUUUGCAUCAUACUCUGCAAUAGAUUCAGAAAGGAGCGAUGGCGAGUUUGCAAACAUCAACUGGGAUGACCUUGGAUUUCGUGCCAUUCCGACUGACUAUACGUAUGUAAUGAAAUGCUCUCUGGGCGACAAAUUUACAUACGGUAGCCUCAAUCCUUACGGCAAUAUCGAGCUAAGCCCAGCGGCUGGAAUACUAAAUUAUGGACAGGGUGUAUUUGAAGGUUUAAAAGCUUACAGAAGAAGCGACGACCAGGGAUUCUUGCUUUUUCGGCCUGAGGAGAAUGCAGUCAGAAUGCAAAUGGGUGCUGAGAGGAUGUGCAUGCCAUCCCCCAAUGUGAACCAGUUCGUUCAUGCUGUGAAGCAGACCGUGUUAGCCAAUAAGAGAUGGAUACCACCUCAAGGGAAGGGAUCCCUAUAUAUUAGGCCCAUGCUCAUGGGAAGCGGGCCUGCACUUGGCGUGGCACCGGCGCCGGAAUUUACAUUUCUAGUUUAUGCUGCACCAGUGGGAACAUAUUUUAAGGAUGGUUUCGCACCAAUAAACUUACUUGUGCAAGAUGAAAUUCACCGUGCAACUCCUGGAGGGACAGGUGGUGUGAAAGCCAUCAUUAAUUAUGCAGCGGUUUUGAAGGCACAAAUGAUAGCAAAGAAUAGAGGGUUCAAUGAUGCAUUGUACAUUGAUUCACUGAACAAGAAGUACUUAGAGGAGGCUUCUUCUUCAAACAUAUUUAUUGUGAAGGGAAAUGUUAUUUUAACUCCAAUCGCUCAGGGUACGAUACUUCCCGGCAUUACACGUAGAAGCAUCAUUGAACUUGGGCGUGUCUGUGGCUAUCAAGUUGAGGAAAGGCUUGUUGCGAUUGAGGAAAUAAUGGAUGCAGAUGAGGUAUUUUGUACCGGAACAGCUAUAGGUGUUUCUCCUGUUGGCAGUAUUACAUAUCAGGAGCAAAGAUUUGAGUAUAAAACUGGACCAGACACUGUCACUCAGAAGUUGUAUAAAUCCCUCACUGCAAUCCAAACGGGCGUCGUAGAAGACAAGAUGGGAUGGACAGUUAACGUCGAUUGAGAUCCUCAUUUGCUCCUUCUGAAGUUGUAAUGGUCCUCUUCUAAUAAAUGUCAAUUAUCCUCGUUGACGCAGACUAUUUGUUCAUGUAAAGGCUGAUGGAUUAUGGGACUGGAAAAAGGGUGGAGGCAUCACGCAGGUCAACUAUGGUCGUUGACAUGGGUUUAAUAAGAUAUUUAAAAAAAUAAACGCUUGUUCCAGUACUCUCUCAAUGCUGGGUUUUCCUUUUAUCUGUUCCUUUUAUUUCUUGGUCCCGUUCAAAAUGUGUGCAAGCAGUUGAUCCUUUGGAUUCUUGGUGCUUGACUAUUUGCUUGUCAUGAAUGUCUACAUGAUCAGAUUAUAUGUUCUUUUGGUAUGCUUACGCGUGAGCAUUAUAUA